UCCUGCAGGUCGCAGGUCGUCGUCAUCCUCCAGACAGGUCGGCCUCACUGCAGCCAUGCCGCCUCCCGGCUCCGUCCUGCUGCUGUGCUCCUGCGUCCUGCUGCUCCAGCCCGGCCGGGGUCACGACACAAACUGCAGCUGCAACGCCAACAGCCGCUGUGACGAGACCGGAGUCUGCAGGUGUGACCCGGGCUGGGACGGCCCGGGGUGUGAGCGCUGCGUCCCGAUGCCCGGCUGCCUGCACGGCUCGUGCCAUCAGCCCUGGCAGUGCAGCUGCCAGCCCGGCUGGGCGGGGCGCUUCUGCGAUAAAGAUAUCCAUGUUUGCUCCAGAGAGAAGCCGUGUCAGAACGGAGCGACCUGCGUCCUGGACGGCGGCGGCGAGUACUCCUGCCUCUGUCCCGAGGGAUUCCAUGGCAGGAACUGCCAGCUGAAGGCGGGACCCUGCCACCGGAGGAGGUCUCCCUGUAAGAAUGGCGGUCUCUGUGAAGACAAUGGUGGCUUCGCCUCAGAGCUGACGUGCCACUGUCUGGCCGGCUUCACCGGGCCGCGCUGCGAGACCGACCUGGACGACUGCUCGAUGAAGCCAUGUGCCAACGGCGCCACCUGCAUCGACGGCGUCAACCGCUUCUCCUGCCUUUGCCCCGAUGGCUUCACCGGGCGCUUCUGCACCGUCAAUCUAGAUGACUGCGCCAGCGGCCCCUGCCUCAACGGUGGCCGCUGCCUGGACCGGGUCGGGGCGUUCCGCUGCCUUUGCCGUCCCGGGUUCACCGGCGCCACCUGCGAGGUGGUGCUGUGGAGCCGGAAGCCCGAUGAGCAUGAACCCGCCUGGCCGUCCCUGGGCUGGGAGGGGGGAGGAGGAGGAGUGACCCGCGGCAGGAACCGGACCAGCAGCAGCACCGGUGGUAACAGCGGCGGUGACGGCAGCACCACCAGCAGCAGUUUCCAUGGCGACCGGUUGUUCAAGGUGUCGGUGAAGGAGGUGGUGACCCAGCAGGGUGCGGUCGCCCUGUCGGAGCUGCAGCUCGUCACCCUGCUGGUUCUGGGCGGGAUCACGUCGGCAGUGGUGGCACUGACCGCCGGCUUAGUGCUGCGUGGGCGCUGCCGGGGCCGCCGUGCCUCCUGCCGCUGCUGGACACUGUCAUGGCGGCCACGAUGGCGGGGAGGAGGGCGGCCGACCCCGCCACAGGGUGGGCCGACCGGCAGCGAGCGCGAGUGUAAGAUCAGCUUCCUGAAUGGAGCAGAAGCACAGAAGAAGAGGCUGAACAGCGAGGUGAUAUAAACUAAACACAGAG